AUACCAGUGGUAGAUUUCUCCAAAGAGGACUGCUUGAAGCCAGGGACAAGCUCUUGGCUCUCGGCAAGCAAAGGUGUUUGCCAAGCACUCGAACAGCUCGGCUGUUUCAUUGUAACACUUUCUAGUAACAAAGUUUCUUUGGAGCUUCACAACACAAUCUUCAGAACGUUGAACGAGUUGUUUGAUCUCCCGAUGGAAAUCAAAGUGCCAAAUACUAACAAAAACGACGGCGGUGGUGGCUACUCGACUUUGCAUCCUGCCCAUGAAAGCUUUGGGAUUGUUAAUAGUACGAACCCAGAAGAAACACAGAAGUUCACAAAUCGCUUUUGGACUAAUGGAAACGAUCAGUUUCGUGAGAGUGUUGAUUCGUAUGCAAAAGUGAUGGCAGAACUAGAUCGAGCUGUGACAAGAAUGGUAUUCGAAAACUAUGGUGUAGACAAGUACCACGAUGAUCACGUUCAAUCUACUUUUCACGGUCUCCGAUUUAGUAAAUACAAAGAACCCAAGAAAACUGGAAUUGACGUCGGUCUAGGCAGUCAUACAGAUAAGACCUUUACCACCAUCCUCCAUCAAAAUAAUGUGAAUGGUCUAGAGAUAAAUACAAAGAACGACGAGUGGAUAUGCUGUGGUUAUCCUCUUCCUUCAUCCUUCCUAUUCCUAGCAGGCGAUGUAUUCCAGGUCUGGAGCAAUGACAGAAUACGACCUUGUAGACAUAGAGUCAGCUUGACUGAGAAUAACGUGAGAUACUCUUUCGGACUCUAUUCGAUCAAGGAAGGAGUGACAAACAUACCGGACGAGCUUGUGGACGAGGACCAUCCCCUACGGUUUAAGCCAUUGAAUCAUAUAGAAUAUGCUAGAGCAAGAUAUGACAACAAUGGGACUGACUUGGGCGUCAAGUCAUAUUGUGGCAUUUGA